AUGAUUGUGCUCAUGAAGCAACAAAUGAGUGCAUGGCAGUUGCAAAAUUUGGAUGUGAAUCCACAUAAGAAAUACAUUUUACUUUAUAAAGUGCCCAAAUGGAUGGAAUUAUUGGAAACCGAUGAUGACUGUGUGAUAACACCGAAUGAAAAUGUACUUCCGUCUAUUGAACUGUUCGAUGCUGUUGUAUUUAGUGCUGAUAAUCCAAUUGAAUUUCCAAGAAAGAGAUCACCCAGUCAAUUUUAUGUCUUCAGUAGCACAAAAUCUCCUUUGUACACAAAUCAACAUUUCACGAAGAAUCAACUGCAGCUCUUCAAUCUCUCAAUGACCUACCGGAGGGAUUCUGAUAUUUUCUGGCCUCAUGGAUUCAUCUCUAAUUAUGUAUUUUAUCCCUCAAGAGAGUUCACAAAGCCCAAGUGGAAAGAUCCAAAUUUUAACGAUAAAGUUGGAGUUAAAGUUAGCUCAAUCAUUGCGGGAAAGUCAAAAUUUUCAGCCUGGAUAACUGAUUGCAGUGAUAAAUCUCAGAGAAUGGAUCUGAUAACAGUUCUACAAAAUUACAUUGAAAUUGAUAUCUUCGGAAAUUGUGGAUCAUUCGAUUGCCCAAAAACGAGCAAUUCCGAGUGCCUGGAUAUUGUUGAACGUGAUUAUUUUUUCUAUUUUGCUCUGGAGAAUUCUCUAUGCACCGAUUACGUGACUGAGAUGCUGUUUAACGCAAUGGAAUACUACGUAAUACCUGUCGUCUAUGGCCGGGUGAAUUAUGAGGACUUGCUCCCACCUCACUCCUUCAUCGACGUCAACCAGUUCAACAGGACGACGGAUCUAGCGAAUUACCUCAUGGAGCUCUCUUCUGAUCCUGUGGAAUAUUCCAAGUAUUUCUGGUGGAAGAAAUUCUACCCAAAAAUCAACAUAAACAGAAACUACCGAAAUCUCUGCAGAACCAUCCAUGAAUUGUCUUCCAGUGAAACUUCUACUGAAGAUGCUACUUUUUACUCAAACAUUGAAUCCUGGUGGAAGGACAAUCAGUGCCUCGAAUCACCGUCCAUUCAAUUAAUCUAAAAUCAUUAAGUUCCUUUCACUUAAAUGUGAUAACUGUUUAUUCAUUUUCUCUUAUCAAUUUAUAAUGCCUUAUCGUAAGUUUCUUCUUACAAAUUUUACAUUAAAUAUAUUUUUUUUUACUUUUAGGGUAGAAAAAAAAUCUCUCAAAAAAGUGUUUUAUUUUAUUGACUAGAAAAUAGAUGAAAAAAAUCUUAGAAAUAUUUUUUCUUUUUCUUUUGCGUGUCCUUUUUCGACAACACUUCGGAAUUUGUCGUUUUGCUAUGUCAAUUCAUAGACCGACAAAUUUUCCUCAUUUUUUAUUUUAUUUCUUUUUUUUUUAGAAAAAUGUUUAUCAAUUUAUAUUUCUUUCUCAUCGAUGAAACCGACAUUUUGAGGACUUGAAAAGUAGGUAUUUAUGCAAAAGAUGUAUAUUUUAAGAAAUUGAUAUGAAUUAAUUUUAUUUUAAAAGCAAUGAAGUAGCGGAGAGUGGAGCACAUUCAACAAGAUAUUUUCCCUCAAAACUUUAUCUUAAAAGUUUUGUUUUUUUUUUUACUUUUCUGGAAAUCUGGUUAGAAAAUUGAUCAGGCAGGAAUCUUUUAUUUAAUUUAGCUUUAGAUAUUGAGAUAAUUUAAAAUCACAAAAUAAUUUACUCUUCUAUGAACAUUUAAUUUAUAUAAAAGACAAAUUACUGAUGUCCUUUAAAAAUUAUUAAUGAUUCUUCCUUUUUUUUAGCAAAAUAUAGUAAGAUGUGGAAUUUCGAACAGUAUGGAAAUCCGAACAAAUCAAUUUAGAAUCGGGCAACCCUCUUGACAUUUUAUAAAAUAAAAAAAAUCAAGCGAAAAAUCUUUAAAUAUUCUAGAAUUGCAUAAUCACAAUUUUAUUGCUAAAUUAUCAAAUUUCGAACUUUUCCAUUGGUUUGUCCGGAAUUGCAUUCCGAGUUGCAAGCACCCCGAUUUUUUAAUGAGUUUUUUAUUUACUCUUUUCUAACCACAUCCUGACCUCCUAAAAUAUAUUUUUUUUUGGUUUUUCUUUCGAAAACAUGUCUAAGGAUUUUCUUUUAGUUUUCGAAUAUGAUUUUAGAACUUCCUAGGGUACUUAGGUAAACAUAUUGGUCAUAUAUGCCAUUUUGGGAAUCUCAAGUGACUGUCGGCUCUUAGAUGAAUAUAUCCCAAGCUGUUUAUACACUAGGAAAAAUAUGGAUAAGUGAGCCUUCAAUAUAAUACUCUUGAUAAAAAACUUCAAUUAUUGAAGGAAUUAUUGAAGAAAAUGCCUCCACACAGGAACUAAUGGCUUCGUUCAGUAAUAAACUUUCGAAGAGACAAAGCCACUCCAAAGCCAAACCAAACCUAUUCGACAAUCUACCGGAAGCCUAAAGUGCGAGUUCACGUACACGCCGCUUUAGCGCUGAUUGUUCUGUCAUGUCGAAUUUCGAUAUUCUUGACACUUCAAUCGUCAACAAUGUCAACAAGAGUGUGCAAACAUUUGCUGCAAAAUGUGAUUUUUUUUGUAGUUUUGUGGAACAUCAGGAUGGCAGAACGUUUGAAUUGCAAUUUUAUUAAGAUAAAUGUCCUUUUCAUGAAUUUUUUCAGUUUUGUGUAACCCGUCGGUUUAAACGUUCGAACUUCCAACGGGUUUUUAGGUAAGUUCUCUCUGAUUUACCUUCGAAUCGGUAAAGGAAAAACCUCAACCGGAGAGAGCUCUCAAAUCGGGAAGGUUAUUACUGAACAAGAGGAAUAUGGAAGAAAAGACAAUCCAUAUUGAAAAGAAUAUUGAAGAAAUUGCCUACACACUAGACAAAUUUCCUUCAAUAAUCCAAAUUUAUGUCCAUAUAUUUUACUAAUGUGUAGGCGAUUUUCAUCAAUAUAACAUAUUGAUUGCAAAUAUUGAUGAAAUUUUUUCCUAGUGUACAGACAGCUUUACUUGUCUCACAGUUGUGAGUUCGAGUUCCGUGUUGUCCAACAAUCCAACAAUCGUUGCCCAACAACUCCGAAAGGGCGGAAAAAGCAUCCACAUUGCGGUGAAGACGCUCCUGGUAGGGAUUGCAAAUCCUCCCAGGUUUUUGGCUAUGCGGAAGCUGACGCGGAAGAGAUACAGUAGACUCUCACUCAAUCGGCUCUUUUUCAAUCGGGUGCAAAAUUUUGUUGACAAUUUUCACGUUUAAUUAUAAAGCUAAUUCGCUCAAAUUCGCUGUAGUUCUUCCUAUUUUAUCGUGAUUCUUUAUAAUUGAGCGCUUUUUGUGGAAUUUACAAAGGCUUUGACGCCCAAAUCUAUCGAUAAACCGGAUGACAUUUUGCCCAAAAUGCCCAAUUGAGAGAGAGUCUACUGUA